AUGACCAGGUUUUGGGCAACAUGCGCCCUGCUGUCCAUCAUCUCUUCAGCAUGGGCGGAUAAAACCGCAGCUGAUUACUAUGUCCAUUCGCUGCCAGGACAGCCAGAUGGCCCUCUCCUGAAGAUGCACGCCGGACAUGUUGAAAUCACCCCUGAACACAACGGACACAUCUUUUUCUGGCACUAUCAGAACCGACACAUCGCCGACCGAGCACGAACCGUAAUCUGGCUCAAUGGUGGACCGGGAUGCAGCUCGAUGGACGGGGCAUUGAUGGAGUUGGGACCCUACCGGGUAAGAGAAGGAGGAAAACUGGCUUACAACAAUGGAUCCUGGGACGAAUUCGCCAACGUAUUAUUCGUGGACAACCCUGUCGGUACCGGCUUCAGCUACGUGAACACGGACAGCUACCUCCGUGAACUGCAGGAGAUGGCGGACCAAUUCCUUGUCUUUAUGGAAAAGUGGUUUGGGCUAUUUCCACAGUACGAGAACGACGACCUGUACUUCGCAGGCGAAUCAUACGCCGGGCAAUACAUUCCCUAUAUCACAAGGGCUGUUUUGGAUCGCAACGCUAAAGUGAAAGAUCAGGGCAAGGGGGCAUGGAACGUUAAGGGGCUUCUCAUUGGAAAUGGUUGGAUUGCUCCAGCUGAACAAUAUCAGUCCUAUCUUCCGUUUGCAUACCAGUCUGGAAUCAUCCAAGGCGGUACUCCUGAAGCAGCCAGAGUUGAGGCGGCGCAGGCAUCCUGCAUUACCGAACUGGGCAAGCCUGGCGGGACAGAAACGGUGGACGUCAGUGCGUGCGAGGCUGUUCUCUCCACGAUUCUCGACGUGUCCAAGAAGAACGGCAUGUGUUACAACAUGUAUGACGUCAAGCUCAAAGACAAGUGGCCAUCGUGCGGAAUGGCCUGGCCUCCGGAUUUGGAGACCGUGACGCCUUAUCUGCGUCGGGACGACGUGCUUGCAGCCCUGCACGUGAACCCCGACAAGCGGACUGGGUGGGUCGAGUGUUCGGGGGCUGUUUCUUCUUCGUUCCGAGCUAGGCACUCGAAACCGAGUGUUCAAUUGCUUCCGGGCAUUCUCGAGGAGGGCGUUCCAGUGCUCCUGUUCAGUGGCGCGGACGACCUGAUCUGCAAUCAUGUCGGAACGGAGGAUUUUGUCAACAACAUGCAGUGGCUAGGCGGCAAGGGAUUUGAGCUGUCUCCGGGGGUCAUAGCCCCGAAGCGCGAUUGGGAAUUCGAAGGGGAACAGGCCGGCAUCUAUCAAGAAGCGCGGAACCUCACCUAUGUCAAAUUCUACAAUUCGAGUCAUAUGGUGCCGUUCGACUACCCUCGACGGACUCGAGAUAUGCUUGAUCGAUUUAUCGGGGUGGACGUGACUGGCAUUGGUGGCCAGCCGUCUGAUAGCUUCAUUGAUGGUGAAAAGGUGGGCACCGAAACGGAGGUUGAAGCGCCGGCGAACAGCACCAUCAGCGCGGAAGAGGAGAGUCAGAAGCUGAAAGACGCCGAAUUCAAAGCCUACUAUCGCAGCGGCGAGGCGGCUUUGGUGGUUGUGCUCAUUGCCGCGUCCUUGUUUGGUUACUGGGUUUGGCGAGGAAGACGGAAGGCUCGCAGUCAAGGGUAUAUCAGUGUCCCGCUUGCCAACGGCUCAAUGCGGAAAGGUCGCGGAGAUGUGGAAGCCGGGGAUUUUGACGAAAGCGAACUGGAUGACCUGGCGUCAAGCCGGCGACAUGGGAAUAUGGAAGCCCAGCACUAUGAUCUGGCGAGCGACAGUGAAGACGAAGAGACGGUGGUUCCCAAUGGCGGCGGCAAGGGACAGAAAUCGGCUCCACAGUAA